AUGAAGAUCUCAUCCAUUCUUUUCACAGCCCUCUUUGCAGCCCUUGUCACGGCUGGACAUGUGCACAACGAUGACAAAGUGUCUGCGCAUGGAAAGAUGAAGCGACAGGCAGAACUUGAGAAAUUGCCCCACCACCAUUGA